AAUUCUCCGGUCACCACCGUCUUCCGCUCUAUUAAUAAUAAUAUCUUCUGUCACUGCGCUGGCGCUGUGCUUAUCCUUCAUGAAUGGCACCUUCACUCUCAUACUCAAACGGUGUGGCAAUAAAAUCCUUCUCCCCAAAUCUUCAUAUACCACCGUCACUCACUUGGCGGAACAAGGUCUUUUCCGCUCACUCACCUCUUUACAAUGCGGAACCAUGUUGCAGUCACUCACCAAUACCAAAUCCUACGCAAAGUGCCUGCAACUUCAUGCCCACAUGAUCACUUGCGGUACUCUGGUGCACAACACCUAUCUUAAUACCAAGCUCGCUGCCUGCUACGCUUGUUGCGGUCGAAUGGCUGAAGCUCAGGUAAUAUUCGAUCAAAUUGUCUUGAAGAGUUCUUUUUUAUGGAAUUUCAUGAUUAGAGGUUAUUCUUGUAACGGGAAUGCCUUGAGGUCUCUUCUUAUGUAUCGGGAAAUGUUCAGUACUGGACGAAAGCCAGAUAAUUUUACCUAUCCAUAUGUUCUCAAGGCGUGUGGUGGUCUAUUGCUCAAUGAAAUUGGCAGAAAAGUUCACGCUUUGGUGUUGGUUGCUGGGUUGGCAUCCGAUAUUUAUGUGGGCAAUUCUCUGCUUUCAAUGUAUUCCAAAUUUGGGUAUAUGGCGACAGCGAGAAUGCUGUUUGAUGAUAUGCCUGUAAGGGAUUUAACAUCUUGGAAUACUAUGAUAUCGGGUUAUGUGAAAAAUGGAAAAGCAAGAGAUGCUUUUUCAAUGUUUGAUCACAUGAAAAAUGCUGGAUUUCUUGGAGAUGAGACAACUUUGCUUGCUAUCCUUUGUGCUUGUGGUGAUCUUAUGAAUUUAAAAGUGGGACAGGCUAUUCAUGGUCGUGUUGUUCGAAAUAGUGGGAUGCCAUGCAACAAGUUUCUAACGAAUUCCCUAAUUGACAUGUACUGCAAUUGUGGUUCAAUAUCUGAUGCAAGGAAAUUAUUUGAAGAAUUAAAAAUGAAGGAUACUGUAUCAUGGAAUUCUUUGAUUUCAGGUUAUGAACGGCAUGGAGAUGCUUUUGAAACCCUUGAACUUUUCUGUCAAAUGAUCACGGAAGAUGAAGUUCCUGACGAAGCAACUAUUAUUUCUAUGCUUGGUGCUUGUAAUCAAAUCUCAGCAUUGCUAUUGGGCUCAUCUGUUCACUCAUAUAUUGUUAAAAAGGGUUUUGGUGCAAAUACUGCAGUCAGUACUGCUCUUAUUGACAUGUACACUAAAUGUGGAAGUUUGCCUAGUGCACAUCGUGCUUUUGAUGAGAUGCCUGAAAGAAAUUUGGCUUCUUGGACUGUUAUGGUUACAGGAUAUGGGAUUCAUGGUAGGGGAAAAGAGGCCAUCUCCAUUUUUUAUGAAAUGCUAGGAAAAAGCAUUAUUCCAGAUGAAGGCAUGUUUACUUCAGUUUUAUCAGCAUGUAGUCAUUCUGGAUUAGUGGAUGAAGGUAAAGAAAUUUUCUACAAAGUGAUGCGAGAGUACAAUGUAGAGCCUGAAGCAGCUCAUUAUGCUUGUUUGGUGGAUCUUCUGGGGAGAUCAGGGAGCUUAGAUGAAGCAUACACAAUUAUAAAUGAUAUGAAAGUGAAACCUAAUUAUGAUAUAUGGAAUUCACUCCUGUCUGCUUGCAGAUUAUACCACAAUGUGAAGUUAGCUGAAAUCUCAGCUCAGAAGCUUUUUGAAAUGAAUCCAGAAGGAGUAAGCAGUUAUGUUUGCCUUUCCAACAUAUAUGCUGCUGAGAGACGAUGGAAUGAUGUUGAAAAAGUGAGGGCACUGGUAAGAAGAAAGAGAUUGAGGAAACCACCUGGUUACAGUUUUGUUGAGCAAAAUAAGAUGGUUCAUCAAUUUUUUGUUGGAGAUACGUCCCACCAACAGUCAGAUGAUAUUUAUGCCAAAUUAAAGCACUUGAAUGAGCAACUUAAGAAUGCUGGUUACAAGCCUGACACCUUUUCAGUUCUCUAUGAUGUUGAGGAAGAAGUAAAGGAGAAGAUGCUUUGGGAUCACAGUGAGAGGUUGGCGCUUGCUUUUGCUCUUAUUAAUACUGGUCCAACAACAACUAUCAGAAUAACAAAGAAUCUUCGUGUAUGUGGAGAUUGCCAUACAGUAAUGAAAAUGGUUUCUAAGGUCAUGAGUCGAGAAAUCAUCAUGCGGGAUAUUCGUAGGUUUCACCACUUUAGUGAUGGAGUAUGUUCAUGCUGUGAUUAUUGGUGAGUUGAUGGCAGCUUAAUGAAAUAGUUGAUUAAUCCCAAUAAUUUUAGCACCCUCAUAGUGCCACCCAGCCCUUACACCUGACAUUAUAUGUUCAUUGUAUUGAGCGGAAUUAAGCUAAGACAAGUAAUGCAUCACCUGCUGAACAAGUUCUGUGGCCUUCUUCUGGCAUCAGAACUUUCUUCUGAGUCCCUCAUCGUAAGACAUGUGACGUUGAAAAUGGCAUAAUGACGAGAUAGAACUCUCGCAAUAUGAUGGUAACCAUCUAUUUAUCUUGGUUGUAAUAUUUAGCAUUGGACUCGGCAGCAUUGUUUUCAGCUUUGUUCGCCCAGUGGAUGCCAGACACUUCAUGUGAUUGGAAACUAAAUUGAUUGGCAGCAAAACGAAGGAAAUUUUGAUCUGAGGCGUUAUGAAAUUUACUCCGACUGCUGCUUGAGUUUACAUCUCAGAAAUGCUUUGUUGGCUUCAUCUAGGUUCCUGUCACCGUGAUUUAACAAUUUUUUGGGACACUAGGUUAAGAAGGACUUCACUUUCUCAGGGAAGGAUGUGCCAUUUGAUUUGAAGAACUGAAUAGAUUUCGAUACUUCAUUGUAUUCCUCAGUUCUAUCUGGCAGCUCCAUUCAGAAUGGCCAGUGCUUGCUGCUGCUUCUUUCAACUUCCUUCAAAUAUUUGUCUUAGUUCUGCACAACUUCAAAAGUUCGACGCUUCAAGAUAUUCACGGUCGCGGUAAGGGGAAAAACAUUUUCCAUGAAGCCAGGUUAGACUCACCUGAAAAUUUGCAAUGCCAGAAAAUACCCGUGAUUGAUUUUGUGAAUCAGAGGGGCUCCUAAGCUCCUCUUCAGUUCCUAUAUAUCUGCAUGAAGGAACUAGUUUAAACGUGCUCAACAAAGCAAGAACUGUAUACAAGUAAAAAAGUGCUCGUGUUUACAGUGCAAAUCUGGUCCUCGUCGUUUAAUUUUGAUGCCUGGUGCUUACCUAAAGGCACCAAAUUUGAUUGCUGGUACUAUGAAGAGGGGGGAAAUGCCCCUUUUCCUUUAAGGGAGACUCCUGUUUUCAUAGGCACACUCUUAUAUAUACUUACCAUCAUUUGUUAUCAGUUAAAACUUGAUUGGGUAAGCUUAUUCUGCAUUUUUUGGAAGAGGGAUAUUAGAACUAAGUAUACUUAAAAAGUUGUGGGCAAUGCAUUCGACGUAAAACAGCGAAUUCCUUUUCCACAAUGCUGCAUCCAUGAAAACGAACA